UGUUCCUGCUCCAGACGACUGGCUCUCACCGCAGCAGGUUGGAUUGGUCGCUUGGUGAUUGCAUGAGUGCUCUCACCCGAUUGAGUCGUUGUUCUACUGUCGAUUGCAACACUUCUGUGCCAGUUUGUUGUUAGUUAUUAUUUUGCCUUAGCUUUAGUAGCCAAAAAAAGGGCGCCCUGCUUUUACAACGAGAAUAAAAAGUGAGUUUCAGUGGUUUCGCCCAUUACGCGAAUGACAACGUACUUUUAACCAACUUUCGAGUGGUCAGCAUAGCCGAGGCGCAACUUGCGGAGCUAUUUCACAAGAAUUUGUAAAAAAGGAGAUAAUCGUUCCAACGAGGUGUUAAUUGAUAAAAGCUGGCUUACCAUUAAACCAGCUCACUAACGCACUCUCAAAGAUAAUUACGAGCCUUGCAAAGCAGAAAGAGUGCAAAUACUUAAGCGCCGAAAGCAUAUUAGCCAUAAUUGGCCAACGUACUUAAAGGAGUCAAAUAGUCGAGAGCAUAUAGCGGACUUAUUAUUAAAUAACUAAAGCAAUUUUUAGAGAAUAAACUACGAGUGAUUAUACUGGUUGUCGCACUCUAGAUAUUAGUGAAUACUAAGCAAAAAAAAAAAUACACAAACGAUAAGAGAAUAAAUAAAUCAAUUACAACAACAACAGCAAAACCCAUUAGCUGCAGCGCCUACAUCCUCAAAGGAUCAAACUUUUGUCCAGUGGUAGUGUAUAAAUAAAAACCGCCAAAAUUCUUCCCUUUGCAAAUUUUAAAAUACAACCACAGCCAAUGCACAAGAUGGCAGCACCGACAGGAGCAGCGCCGACGGCGGCACUUGAGGCCCCACUAUCCGCACCGAAAUAUGGUACGCUUAUACCAAACAGAAUUUUCGUCGGCGGCAUAAGUGGCGACACAACAGAGUCGGACUUAUGCCGCGUUUUUUCUGCCUAUGGCAAUGUCAAGUCUACCAAGAUUAUAGUCGAUCGUGCUGGAGUUAGCAAGGGUUAUGGUUUCGUCACUUUCGAGACAGAACAGGAGGCACAAAGGCUGCAGACGGAUGCAUAUUCAUGAUGAAAAUAAAAAAAAGGCGGUACAUCUUUUGCGUUCGAUUGUGCUGAACUAGCCCAAUUGUGUAAAUUGUGCAAAUGCAUUUGACUGUUUGUGCACUGAUUGUGUGCAAGAUAAUCGCGAAAUGAAACGGAAAGUUUAUUUAUAAAGCAAAAAAACAACAAAAAAAAAAGCCGAAUGCCGUUGAAUGCAUCCCUUCGAACAAGUUUGCUUGCUUCGAUGUGUGUCUAGCGAAUGUUAUAUAUAAAGCGUUAAGCAGCUGCUUAGCCGUUAAGCAAAGCAUUUAAAAAACUGCUGAGAAACGAACGAAAAACGAACGGUUCAUAAGCAGCAAACUAUGCAAACAGUACGAAAUGCAAGGGAAAUAGAUUGCUGCUGCUGCCGCCGCGGUUCUUUUGGCGAUCGUAACGUUCGUGCCUCUGAAGGCGUAUUUCGACUGUUGUUACAACGUGUGACCGAUUUUUGACCAACCAACCAAACUCACUUAUGCACAAACACACACGCACGCACAUAUACGUAACUGUAAUGUGUAAAGAUUCUCGAUAUUUACAACAGCAUUCUACUGCUAGCGCCAUUACUACCUACUACUACUACCACCACUGCUGUUUAUUUAAAAAUAAUUAAAUAAACAAAAAAUUCGACUACUGCUUCUACACUUCUAAGAACUUCUGUGUUCGUUCAAUGAUCAGGGAAGCGAAAAUAAAACUAGCUAAUUCUGUUUGUUGAGUUUGUUUUGAAAUUGACUU